UCUCUUCUUCCUUUGCCUUCCCCUAAUAGCUGUUGACAAUAAAAAGGGCUAACCCUCCCACCCUUUCUCCCUCAUCUUCACUCAAUCGAGGUCUUCUCGAUUUUCUUUGUUACUCUCUCUCACAACCCAAAAAGCUUCUUCCUUUCAUACUCCUCCCUCUCUUCUACUCAAAAGGUAUGCUUUCACUGCUUCAUGAAUAAAAGCUUUGGUUUUUGGCUGUUCUUACUUCAUCUUAGUUUGUUUUGGGUGGGUUUGAGGAAGAUGCUUUGUGGGUCUGCUUCUGGGUACAUCAAAGUUUCGAACUUUGGAGUUAGAUUUAGUUUGUUGUUUGUUUUUGGUUUUUGCACCUUUUUUAAAACUUUUUGUUGCUUUAUUUCUUCCAUGUGCGUUGGAAUACCAAGUUUUUGUCUUGGAUGGUUGAUAAUAUUGUCAUGGAUCUAAUAUUCGUUGAUAAAAUUGUAUAUAAUAAUAUAUCGUUUUGUGGGAUGUUACCUAGCUUUGCAUCUUUAGGGUUUUGGAACGAGGGUUGUUAAUAGAUGUUAAAGGGAAUGGGAAUUUUGGUUUAGAAAUUGGACUUUUAAUUAAUUGUCUUGUUUUGUUGUGUGAAUAAUGUUUAAAAUUGAUAGGCUUAUUGAGUUUAUCCUGUCCUAUUCUGCAGGAUUUGUGGGCAUGUGCAGUGGUUCAAAAAGUAAGCUUUCUUUCUCAAACCCCGUCAUGGAGAAUAACUAUCAGAAGCAGAAUCAAGAUGGUCUCUACAACUUCUCAAUCUUGCUUGAAUUGUCUGCAUCGGAUGAUUUUGAAGCUUUCAAAAGAGAAGUGAAUGAGAAGGGCUUGGAUGUCAACGAGGCUGGGUUUUGGUAUGGUAGAAGGAUAGGGUCAAAGAAGAUGGGAUCCGAAACAAGGACCCCUCUGAUGAUUGCUUCUUUGUUUGGAAGCACUAAGGUGCUGAAACAUAUUCUUGAAGGUGGAAGUGUUGAUGUGAACAGGGUGUGUGGUUCUGAUAGGGCCACUGCUCUCCAUUGUGCUGUAGCUGGGGGUUCUGAAUCCUCACUUGAGAUUGUCAAGCUCUUGCUAGAUGCAGGGGCAGAUGCUGAGUUGAUUGAUGCAAGUGGGAAUAAGCCGGUUAAUCUGAUUGCUCCUGCCUUUGAUUCCUUGUCAAAAUCGCGAAGGAAGGCUAUGGAGUUGUUUCUGAGAGGUGGGGAAAGAGAUGAACUCAUGGAGCAAGAGAUGUUCUCUGUUGUUUUCUCAUCCAAAGAAGGUACAGAGAAAAAGGAAAAAGAAGGGAACGAUAAGAAAGAAUAUCCUGUUGAUAUAUCAUUGCCUGAUAUAAACAAUGGUAUAUAUGGAACGGAUGAGUUUAGGAUGUACAGUUUCAAGGUGAAGCCGUGUUCGAGGGCUUACUCCCAUGACUGGACUGAGUGUCCAUUUGUUCAUCCCGGCGAGAACGCAAGGAGGAGGGACCCAAGAAAAUACCCUUAUAGCUGUGUUCCUUGCCCAGAGUUUCGCAAAGGAACCUGCCAAAAGGGUGAUUCCUGUGAAUAUGCUCAUGGGGUUUUUGAGUCAUGGCUACAUCCUGCUCAAUACAGAACUAGGCUUUGCAAGGAUGAGACUGGCUGUACUAGAAAAGUCUGCUUCUUUGCUCACAAACCUGAAGAGUUACGCCCUGUGUAUGCGUCCACUGGAUCGGCCAUGCCUUCCCCAAAAUCUUAUUCGUCUAGUGCACUUGACAUGACAGCCAUGAGUCCAUUGGCCCUUAGUUCCACAUCUUUGCCUAUGCCAACUGUUUCAACCCCACCCAUGUCUCCCUUGGCAGCUUCUUCAUCUCCCAAGAGUGGAAGCUUGUGGCAGAACAAAAUAAACCUUACUCCACCUUCCUUGCAGCUCCCGGGUAGCCGGCUGAAGACUACAUUGAGUGCCAGGGAUCUUGAUCUAGAGAUGGAACUGUCUUUCAGGAGCAAAGAAUUCAGUAGAAUUGGUGAUUUGAAUCCAACUAACCUUGAUGACUUGUUAGCAUCUGCUGAUCCUUCAGUAUUAACCCAAUUACAUGGACUUUCAACACCUACACAGUUGCAAUCUCCAAGCGGCCUCCAGAUGCGCCAAAACAUGAACCACCUUCGCGCAAGUUACCCGUCCAACAUCCCUUCCUCUCCUGUGAGGAAACCCUCAGCAUAUGGGUUUGAUUCAUCAGCUGCCGUUGCAGCAGCCGUGAUGAAUUCUCGAUCUGCUGCAUUCGCCAAGCGAAGCCAAAGCUUUAUUGAUCGCGGAGCUGCAACCCACCAUCUUGGGCUGUCUUCAGCUCCCAACAACCCUUCCUGCAGGGUGUCCUCUGCCCUUUCAGAUUGGAGUUCCCCCACUGGGAAACUGGAUUGGGGUGUAAACGGAGACGAGCUUCACAAGCUGAGAAAAUCUGCUUCUUUUGGGUUCAGAAACAAUGGGGUAACUGCAACUGCAUCGCCCAUAGCACAACAGGAACAUGCUGAGCCUGAUGUCUCAUGGGUUCAUUCACUGGUAAAAGAUGUUCCCUCAGAGAGUUCUGAUAUAUUUGGUGCUGAGAAGCAGCAAUAUGAUCUGAGUAAAGAGAUGCUUCCACCAUGGGUGGAGCAGGUGUAUAUAGAGCAGGAGCAGAUGGUAGCAUGACUCUAACUGCUGCCAUGGCCAUGCUUCUUUCUCGGUUAUUCUGACAAAGUUUUUUUAUUUAUUUAUUUUAUUUAUUUAAUUCAACUGCUACUACUAUCCAACAUUACAUAGAGUAUAGUUAGGGAUAGCAAAGAAGAAGUUCAGGUUAAUCCAGAGAUUUGAAACUUGUAGAUCAAGAAGGACCUUGGAGAAACGUUGGACCAAGGAGGGAUGCUGAAUUUUUUUUUAUUGUAUAAUAUAAUUUAUUACCCCCUUUUAUCUACGGGUUGUUGUAUUUUCUUUAGCAAGUGGACAAAGUAUUUGUCAUUGAUUAAGCAGCACAAUUCUUUUUCAUAUAUUAUAUGUUGUUAUGCCAUUUGAUCAAUGCUUAUCCAUAGUGCUUUCAUGGGAAUCUCUUGUGACUGAUUCGUUGGCUGCCUAUUAUUAUUAUUUUUUAAAUGCGGAAUCCUUGUGAUUUUCUUAGCUUAUUCGUCUCCAGUUUAUAUAUAUAAAUACAAUCAUAAGCAAUUAGAAAGGGUAUUAUAAUGUUUUGUUGUUCUUGUACGUGAAAAUCAACGGUAUAAGUGGAGGUACGCCGGCAGGGAUGAGUCAUCGUAGUCUGGAAGCAUGAGCGGAUCAAGUUCUUCAAAUAUUAAUGGCCGUCCUUAUUAGUUUAUUAAGCUUCUAGGAUCUGUAUUUUUCACUUGCUAAGGUAAGGAGUAUGAAUAUAAACAUGUUAUAUUAAAUGAAAAUGGAGAAGUUUGCAGACAUAGAAAAAAUGAAUAUCUCAUAACUUAAUGUAUGGAUUAGAUGUGAUAUUUAGUUAAGCUUUCCUGAGUGUUAACAAUUUUAUAGCUAAUGAUGGAUAUUGAAAUAAAUUGAUGAUAA